AGCAGACAGACUCAUCAAAAAGCCCUGCCUGCCUGGUGCCUGCCUGCAUAAUAUUCUAACCAAAACACUGCAAAACCAGUCUGAGGCAUCUGUGAUCUGAAUGCAUGUUGCUGACAGCGCAUAAAGAGUGCAGUCUCCAGAAAUCUCCUGGAUUCUAGGUCAGCUCCCCUCCAUCAAACAAAACCUAGUCUUUCUUUCUUUAUCUCCAAAGAAAACAGUGUGGUGCUCGACGGUUUGGCAGUCCUGCCUUUGCCAGAGGGAAACAGUGCGGAUUUUUGAACGGUGCUUCCACGUUGUAACCCAAUCCAAAGCCACACAAUGCCCUUCAUGCUGCAGACCUGCGGACAUCCCCUGCGCGAUAUGACUGCCGAAGGAAUUUGUCGGCGCUGCUCCAUGGACGCGAACGGCGUCCUAGCCGGUCAGGACAUGGAGAAUAUCGCCCCGGAAUCUCCUACCUCGGAUACGAUGCUGGUGGAUAAACCGUCACCCAGUCCGCCGGCUGCCACGUCGCCCAAACCCGACACCACUCCUAGUCCUGACCCAGACGCCUUCGGCCGGCAAGUGGAAAAACUCGUCGGCGUCCUGACCAAUUCCGAUGGCUCGGAGAUUGCGGAUGCCGUGCAGCAUGUGGCACGGGCCAUGUCGACCUUUACCGCUGCGGAGCGGGCGGAAUUCAUUACGCACCUGAUCAUUAUGUACUGUGAGGCCCGCCGUGAGGAUCAGCCCAAGAUCAUUCUGCUGAUUAAGGAGCUGUCCAAGAAGAAUGUCCUGGCCAAGACACACUUUUUCCAAAGUGCGAAGAAAAUCACCGCGGAUAUCGCGCAGUUGACGGUCGACUGGCCGAACAUCUACGACUGUGCGACCUUCCUGAUCUACACUUGCCUGGAAAUGAUCGACAAGUCCACGGAGACCCUUCGCGGCCUGGAGACCAUCCUGGGGAAAGCCGGGGAGCCGCACGCCGCCAAAUUCCUGGACGGCUUCCACCGGUUCUGCCAUCUGCCGGCCGACGGCAGUGCGCCCCUCCCGCGCAAAUCCCUGACCCCCGGUGACCUCCACGCCCGUCCACCAGCCUUUGUGCGGCCGGCGGAGACCGUCCGGGAUCGUCUGAUCCGCCCGCUUUCGCAGGUGGACAGCGAGAAGGCCCCGCGGCGUGUCACGUACACCCGAGAGGUGCUGCUGGCCAUUGAGCAGCGGGUGCGCGCGCACGGCGCCCAGCCCCGCCUGGUGGCGCUGCUGAGUGACGUGAUUAAGAAGGAGGGUGUCCGGAAGGAGGAACGGGAGGGCGGCGGAAAGCGGCCGCGGUAUGUCUCGGAGUCGGCGGUGGGGAGUGAGAUGGGCGCGAAACGCCUGCUGGAGAGCACUAGUCCCGUGCUGCCCAUGAUUAUCGGGGAAGGUCAUGGGCGGUCCCAUUUCGAGAAAUUCGCUCCGGCGCCCCGACACAUCAUCCUCCCAUCGCGUACCGACGCCGGUGAUUCGUCGCAGCAUCUCGCGCAGUCGCCCAGUAAGCACGCCGCUCGCGACUACCUCGGACAUCCCUUCCAGCGUUUCGACAUACCGCGCAACGGGCCGGUUAACGAGAACACACGUCCGCAUUUCCAUCCUCAACAUCCCGCCGGCCAGGGCCAGCCGGGAUUUAUCCGGCAGCCGCAUUUCCGCUCGUCCUACUCCGUAUCGGAGCCGACGGCGGCCGCGGCCGGGGAUGGACAUCGCAUGCGCCAGCAGCCAGCCGCCAAUGCCAAGACCAAAAAGUUCCUCACUGCACUUAGUGUGGAGCGGGACAGCGAUGCGGGACCGGAAUCUCCGCCGGUGACGCUGGGUCCAGGCGAGCGGACGUGGGCGCGUGGUAGCGGGUCGCUGAAGCCGCUGACGUCGCAGCGGAAGAAUACCGAUGAGAACUGGCGUCGGGAGGCUUCGUAAAUCAAAUCAGAAGGACAAUAUGUCCCGUUUAGCAGACGCUUCAUCAUCGCUUGUAUUUUUCCAUUUUUUUUGUCGGUCACUGGCAUCGAAGCAUUCUGUGUACCUCUGGACUGAACCACUGGCGAUUUGUUUUUACGGCGGACACCGGCGAAUCUGCUUUCGUUGUACAUUUUUUGUUCUGACCUUUUUACUUUGUACAUUGUUUUUUUUCCUGAACGGCAGGGUUGUGUGCGCGCGCACACGUCCCAUUGCGGGAUAGACCAUUGUGGCUGUUACUCGCGUUUUGUUACGGAUUUCAGUUUCAGUGUGGUUGUGUGAGCGCUGCACGUUGCGGGUGUGCUUGUUGGAGUUAAGGCUUGGGAAUGCGGGGAUGGUUCCCGUUACAGGGAAUUUGUAUGCGCCAGCUGUUGUACGAUACCGGUAUUUUCCUGUUUAGUAUUUUGACAGCAUUUGUUAUACAGAAAAUUAUAUAUAAAAAUGAAAAAACCUCA